GCAGUAGUAGACUGCAGAACUCCUCCCAAGGCAGUAGUAGAAUGCAGUACUCCUCCCAAGGCAGUAGACUACUGCACUACUCCUCCCAAGGCAGUAGUAGACUGCAGAACUCCUCCCAAGGCAGUACACUUCUGCAGUACUCCUCCCAAGGCAGUAGACUUCUGCAGAGCUCUUUCCAAGGCAGAAGGAGACUGCAGUAAUCCUCCCAAGGCAGUACACUUCUGCAGUUCUCCUCCCAAGGCAGUAGACUACUGCAGAACUCCUUCCAAGGCAGUAGUUGACUGUAGUACUCCUCCCAAGUCAGUAGUCUAUUGCAGUACUCCUCCCAAGGCAGUAGACUACUGCAGUACUCCUCCCAAGGCAGUAGACUUCUGCAGAACUCUUUCCAAGGCAGAAGUAGACUGCAGUAAUCCUCCCAAGGCAGUACACUUCCGCAGUUCUCCUCCCAAGGCAGUAGACCACUGCAGUACUCCUCCCAAGGUAGUAGACUUCUGCAGUUCUCCUCCCAAGGCAGUAGACUACUGCAAAACUCCUCCCAAGGCAGUACACUUCUGCAGUUCUACUCCCAAGGCAGAAGACUACUGCAGAACUCCUCCCAAGGCAGUAGACUGCUGCAGUACUCCUCCCAAGGCAGUAGAAGACUUCUGCAGUACUCCUCCCAAGGCAGUAGACUUCUGCAGUUCUCCUCCCAAGGCAGUAGACUACUGCAGAACUCCUUCCAAGGCAGAAGACUACUGCAGUACUCCUCCCAAGGCAGUAGACUACUGCAGUAAUUCUCCCAAGGCAUAA